AGCCAGUUUGGUUUCGCGCGGCGACUUCAACAUGGCCGAAGCGCGCAGCGGCUACGCAGGCGGCGGCUGUGAGGGAAAGGGGCCUGAGGGGCCGUCCCGGGAAUCCGUGCCCCCCGGCACCACCGUGCCCAGGGUGAAGCUCCUCGACACUCUGGUGGAUACGUUCCUCCAGAAGCUGGUCGCCGCCGGGAGCUACCAGAGAUUCACCGACUGUUACAAGCGCCUCUACCAGCUGCAGCCUGAGAUGACACAACGAAUCUACGACAGGUUUAUCACCCAGUUGCAGACGUCUGUCCGGGAGGAAAUCUCCGAAAUCAAAGCAGAGGGGAACCUGGAAGCCGUCUUGAACGCCUUGGACAAGAUCGCGGAAGACCGCAAUGGCCAGGAGGAGCCGGCCUGGCGCCCAAGCGGGAACCCGGAGGCGGACCUGCGCAGCGCCCUGGUGCCCUACUUCCGGCAGCAGCGGGACGCCUUGCAGCGGCACGUGCGCAAACAGGAGGCGGAGAACAGGCGGCUGGCGGAGGCCGUGGUGGCCGGACGCCAGCAGGUGCAGGAGCUCCAGCGGCGGGGCCAGGCCCGGCAGCAGGCCUGGCAGGCCCUGCACAGAGAACAGAAGGAGCUGGUGGCUGUGCUGGGGGAGCCGGAGUGAGGAGGCGACGGCCGGACCAGGAGCAGAGGGCCGUCGAGGUCGAGGGCCUGGCCUCCGAGAACCACUGGCAUAGUGCCCAGUCCCUGAGUGGGGAUGGAAUUAGCUGGAGGAUGAGGCCUGUCUAUCCUGCUUUGGGGGCUCCCCUGGGGUCCCCCCCAACACACACACACACACACACUUCAGAUUCUUCCCUGUUUUCUUGUAACUAGGACUGUUGGGCAGCUCCAAUGCCAGGAGUCGGGUCCCUGCCUGCUCCUGAGCCCCUCCCCUCCCCUCCCCCCCACUCGGGGAGUCUGUGUCCGUUCUCCACUGAUUGCCCCCUUGCUGGCCAGCCUGAGGACCCGUGCCAUGUUCUCCCCACAUCCGUAAAUAAACUUCCUGCACUUCCUA